AUGGCCUCUCGUCCUCAAUUACGUUUGCUAUCAGCUUGCAGGACGUCCCUAGCCGCAUUUUCCACACGCCGGUUUGCGACCGAGUCGCGGUUAGCCUCGGACCAUGUUCGCAUCGUGGAGGUCGGUCCUCGAGAUGGUCUCCAGAAUGAGAAGAAAGCCAUUUCAAUGGAGACGAAGUUGGAAUUGAUUCAGAGACUCGCCAAGACUGGCGUAACAACCAUCGAGGCAGGCUCUUUUGUGCCGGCCAAAUGGGUACCACAGAACCCCAUGAAGAUGGCCAGCACUGCUGAAAUCUGUGAGCAGCUUCUCACAUCCCCGCCUCAAUCACAAAAUACCAUUGCAUACAACUACCUGGUCCCCAACAUCAAGGGUCUCGAGAGCCUUGUGAAGAUCAUGGACGCCACCGGUGUUCCAGCAGAGUCUGCCGGGUCUGAAUCAAAGGCCGCAACAACAACAGAAGUAUCUCUUUUUGCUGCUGCAACGGAAGCCUUCUCGAAGGCGAAUACCAAUUGUACCAUCGACGAAUCCCUGGAGCGAAUCAAGCCCAUUGUGGCCCUGGCCAAGACCAAGAAUAUCAGAGUCCGGGGAUAUGUCUCUGUUGCGCUUGGCUGCCCAUAUGAAGGGCCGGAUGUCAGCCCUGCUAAGGUGGCGGAUAUCACCGCGACGCUCCUAGAAAUGGGGGCUGAUGAGGUCUCAGUAGCGGACACAACAGGCAUGGGAACCGCACCCCGCACCAUGGAACUUCUAAAAGCCCUCAAAGCUGCUGGGAUUGCCAACACUGAUCUGGCCCUUCACUUCCAUGAUACCUAUGGACAGGCCUUGGUAAACACAAUUGUUGGUUUGGAGCAUGGAGUUCGGAUCUUCGAUAGCAGUGUCGGUGGACUAGGUGGCUGCCCUUAUUCUAAGGGUGCGACCGGUAAUGUGUCGACUGAAGAUCUCAUUCAUACCGUGCACAGCCUAGGAAUGCAUACCGGUAUUUCCCUGGAGGAGAUGUCACGAAUUGGAUCGUGGAUCAGCGGGGAGCUGGACAGAGUAAACGAUAGCCGGGCUGGCAAAGCCACACUGAGUCGGCUGGCGGAAUAA